AUGUUCCUGUCAAGUUUCCUGUACAAUAUUAAAUAUCGUAAUACUCAUCGUCAUGGUAAUGCAGAUGCGUUAUCACGUCUACCUCUUGAAGAUAAUCAAUCAGUGGACACCGUAGUAGAUGACGAGGUGAAAGCCAUCGCAGAAGAACAUCCAAUAACUUCAAACUGGGUAAGACAAAAAACUAGUCGAGAUCCAGAAUUGUCUAGUGUUAUACAAUUUAUUAAGAAAGAUUGGCUUAAUAAACAGUCCCAGUUACCGGAUAAACCCUUCAUUCAUCGUGAAGAGUUAACGAUAGAACAAGGAAUAAUCACGUGGGGUGUCCAAGUUGUAAUACCGAAGUCAUUACGAGAUCAAGUUUUAAUACAAUUGCAUGAGACACAUCCUGGAGUCGUCCGAAUGAAAUCCUUAGCAAGAAGUCAUGUAUGGUGGCCAGGAAUCGAUAGCGGAAUUGAUUCACUUGUAAAAUCGUGUACAUCAUGUACUGUCAAUCGUGAUAAUCCUGCUGUGGCUCCAUUACAUCCAUGGUCAAUACCUGAAAGAGCCUGGCAACGUUUGCAUAUUGAUUUAGCGGGUCCUUUCCUAAACAAUAUGUGGUUAAUAAUGAUUGACGCAUACAGUAAGUGGCCAGAGAUAUAUAAACUUGGAAAAGAUUUAUUAUCAGCUCAUGUGAUCCAAGGCAUUCAAGAAAGCAUCGCACGUUAUGGCAUUCCAAAUACAAUAGUCUCCGAUAAUGGUCCUCAAUUCGUGUCACAGUAG